UUAAAGUAUGGAAUCAGAAAACCUUACAGUAUUAUUGCUACACAAGCACCCCAAAUAUCUGAAGCCAUGUUGCGAUCUAAUAAACGACGAAUGGCCGCGCAGCGAGACAGUCAGGAUGAUGUCCCUUCAAGCUUCGUGCGACAAUCUGCCUACUAGCUUGAUCCUGGUCAACGAUGAUAAACAACUCCUAGGGCACCUUAAACUCACACCCAUACCGGCCAUACCCGAAGGCUGUUUUGUAGAAACUGUAGUUAUAAGUAGAGCCUUACGUGGAAAGAAACUAGGUAGUUUUCUCAUGAGAAAAGCUGAAGAAUAUUGUAAGCAAGUUCUCAAGUUAGAGAAAGUUUAUCUAUCUACGAAGGGCCAAGAGAAUUUCUACGCCAAGUUGGGGUAUGCGAUCUGCAAACCUGUCUCUAUUUAUGGCAGUGGUUUGCCGAAUAGAUAUAAGCCACAGCCACCUCUAUGUAAGGUCGAGAAUCCUGUGCCACGGGUAGUUAGUAAUUCACCGAGCGGAGUGCCACCUCCCCCACCCCCACCGAUGCCAGACAAUAAUGUAAAUAAUAAUUCUAUUAAUACAAUCAAAAGUAGCAAGACUUAUAUGUUUAAAUACAUUUAAUUGUUUUAUGUAAUCAUUACGUUUAUUAAAUAUUUUGACAAAUUCUUUCUGCGUAUUAUUGAUACUUAAAUUUUCAGCUAGGAUGGAAUUUUACGGGUAUCUUUAUAACAAUACCAAUUGGUA